AUGGCAACGGAGGAAGCUGGUGGCUUGGCGCAAACCGCCGCCGUGAAGUUGUCAGAGAUGGGCGAAAGAACUAAACAGUUAGGCACCGCAAUCCAGGAUCCCGAACGACAAAGGAGGAUUAUUCUAGUAAUUGUGUGUGUGGCACUUUUGCUAGACAAUAUGCUUUACAUGGUCAUUGUGCCAAUUGUGCCAGAUUAUCUCGCCCGCUUAGAGAGCGAAUCAGAGCACGCACAUGCAACGGGUAACUCUUCAAGCAACAGAACGCAAAAUCAAGCGCAAAACGAGAAUUUUGACCUGCAAAUCGGCGUGCUUUUUGCUUCCAAAGCCAUUUUGCAGCUCCUCGUCAAUCCCUUGACGGGAACAUUCAUAGACCGCGUCGGCUAUGACAUUCCACUUUUAAUUGGACUCAGUAUCAUGUUUGUCUCGACUUGCAUUUUUUCCUUAGCCGAAAACUACGCGACUCUGUUCGUAGCGCGCAGUCUGCAAGGUCUCGGCUCUGCGUUUGCAGACACAGCUGGAAUUGCCAUGAUCGCAGACAAGUUUACGGAGGAGGCAGAGAGAAGUCGCGCGCUGGGUAUUGCCCUCGCUUUCAUUUCUUUUGGAAGCCUGGCGGCGCCCCCGUUUGGAGGGGUACUGUACGAGUUCGUGGGUAAACGAUUCCCCUUCAUUGUGCUUGCCUGUGUAUGUUUGGCAGAUGGUAUAUUAUGUCUGACUGUCCUCAAGCCCUUUUCCAGUAGAACUGGAGAGAAUAGGCCGGUUGGCACCCCAAUAUACAAACUCAUGAUUGAUCCCUAUAUAGCAGUUGUGGCAGGAGCUUUGACCACAUGUAACAUCCCACUUGCUUUCCUGGAGCCCACCAUCGCCAACUGGAUGGAGGAGACCAUGGACGCAUCCCAGUGGCAGAUUGGCCUCACCUGGCUACCAGCCUUUUUCCCUCACAUAUUAGGUGUCUACCUCACUGUCAAACUGGCAGCACAGUACCCACAUUUACAGUGGUUUUACGGGGCACUCGGUAUGGUUAUCAUUGGUGCCAGCUCCUGCAUUGUGCCGGCAUGCAAAACCUUUGAACAACUUAUUUUCCCCUUGUGUGGCAUUUGUUUCGGUAUUGCACUGGUAGACACAGCUUUAUUACCGACUCUUGCUUUUGUUGUAGACGUCCGUCACGUGUCUGUGUAUGGUAGUGUUUACGCUAUAGCAGACAUCUCCUACUGUGUUGCCUAUGCCCUGGGGCCAAUUGUGGCCGGUAAAAUAGUGCAUGACCUGGGCUUUGUGCAACUCAACCUGGGCAUGGGUCUGGCGAACGUACUUUACGCGCCAGCCCUGCUGCUGCUGCGCAACGUGUGCUUAAUGAAACCGUCUCAUUCCGAGAGAAACAUGCUGCUGGAGGAGGGAGCCACAGGUCUAUAUGAUACCAUCAGAAUGGAGGAACGCCAAAGAAAGAAGCACGGCUACAGUUCAUCUGGCAACUGUGUGCCUAUCGACGAAAAUGGGACAUUUGGACAAUCAAGGGCAUACUCCAAAGAAGAGACAUCUGAACCAGAAUGCAUAUAGCCUAUGUCCUCUAUUGAAGUCCUAUGUCCUAGUUCAUAUAAAACCCUCUGCUAAAUAUACACGUUUUUCACGAUCUCAUUAAUUCACAUAUUAGCAUAUUUAUGUCCCGAAAAAAACCAUUAGUUAACA